CUCCUCAUAACUCCUCCGGUCCGGAUCUGUGUGAUUUUUUGGCGCUGAGCUGCAGGAGAGACCGACCACUAGGCCGAGGACUAGAAAAAAAAAGCUGGGUGCUUUUGUUAAACCAGAGGAAGAGGGAGCUAGAGCUUAUUAAUAGGAAGACUUGCACGUAAGGAGGGCGGCGAGAAUUGAACAGACGUCUAUCUGUAGCGGGGUUUCGACUAAACGCUCCCGUCCCUGACACAGAAGAAGAGCCAAGCUCCGGGAUUGGGCAGCGACCAAGAGCGGAACAGCCCCCUCCUCCCCUCGGUUCACAAUUGCGUUAAAACGAGAAAGGGGGAAAAAAGGCCUGAGCUUUAUCUAUAUAACAGGAUUUUUUUUGAUUUUUUUCCCUUCCUCUCCUUCUUAUAUAUUACACGAGGACCCGUUGCUGGCUGGUGUAUGUGUUUAGAAUGGGACACGCUGAAGGUCCAGUCAAAGAAAAAGACAGUUAAGGAUGCAGGAGCCCAACAAUGGAUUUCUCCUUCUCUUUCAUGCAAGGGAUCAUGGGAAAUACAAUUCAGCAACCCCCUCAGCUCAUUGACUCAGCCAACAUCAGACAGGAAGGCACCUGCGACACCGGCAGUGACCCCGGCGAGGAUGGUGGUCCCUCCUACGAUGCUGCCCUGGAUGCAGAGUUUUCCUACCCGCCAUCGGCCUCGGAGGACAUGUCGCAUGUCUCCAAUGGCUACCCGCCCGGCCUGGGCAUGUACGAGCCGCAGGCCAAGUUCUCCAUGUACUCGCAGUUCCCCAACGGCUCUGCCAACGGCUACGGGGCCAUCCGGAGCUACGCCGAUCACAGCCUCAUGCCGGGGGAGGGGACUGUCCUGAGGGGCCCCGGUCUGCAGGAGAGACCUUUGUCUCCCGUGUCCCCACCUCUGCACCCGCACCUCCACCCCCAUCACCAUCACCCCCAUCACCACCACCCCCACCACCACCACGGCGCACACCACUUCCACUCGAACCCGCCUCACAUACAAACCCUGCCGCACCCGCAGAGUCCCCCACCGCCUCCGCCGCCCUCCCAGCACCACCUGCCCCACACACCUCACAUUAUGACCCACACUCUUCCCCCUCCUCCACCGCUGAUCCUGCCUUCCUCCAGUCCCCCGCCCUCCCUGGUGGACAGCACCCCUUCCUCUCAACAUCCCCACGGUCUGUCCAACACCCCUGGCGGGGUGCUGAAGAAAACCAGCUCUCCAGAGAUCAAGCUGAAGAUCAUAAAGACGUAUCAGAACGGGAAAGAGCUGUUUGAGUCUGCGCUGUGCGGAGACCUGCUGCAAGAACUGCAGAAGAACGAGGCCACUCCGAUGCAGCGCCGACACGAGAGGAAGAAGGAGAAGAGGAAAAAGAGCGUGCGGCUGCAGGUCCAGGAACAGGAUCAGGAACAGGAACAGAACCUGGAGCAGAACCAGAGCCAAGCACAGGCACAGGCAGGUACCACGGAGCAGGCAGAGGACACCCACAUCCAGCCGCUGCCGACAGAGACUCCUCCGGCCCAGACGGAGAAGCCCCAGAAGACCGUCAUCAAAACUGAACCAAAGACGCCGAAGGUCCCGAAGGUCCACCAUCCGUCUGUGAUCCAGGAGACGGGCUUCUGUAAGGAGUUUGUGAUAGGAGAUCUGGUGUGGUCCAAGGUGGGCACCUACCCCUGGUGGCCCUGCAUGGUCUCCUCUGACCCGCAAAUGAAGGUCCACACUCGCAUCAACACUAGAGGUCACAGGGAAUACCACGUCCAGUUCUUCGGCAGCGUCGCUGAGCGAGCAUGGAUCCACGAGAAGAGGAUAGUCCUGUACCAAGGGAAGCAGCAGUAUGAGGACCUUCAGGCUGAGACGCUGCGCAAGGCCUCGAACCCUGUAGAGAAACACAAACUUCUGAAGCCCAUCGCUCAGCGGGAGCGUUCGCAGUGGGAAGUGGGCGUGGGCCACGCCGAGGAUGCCUUGGUGAUGUCGCGGCAGGAGCGCAUUGACAACUACACCUUCAUCUACGUUGACCCAGACCCCAUCGAAGGCCCGUCCAGCAAGAAACCCACCAUCCGAGCCGAGAGGCGAAACCGGCGCUCCAGCGGCUCGGUCGGUAAGAAAGAAGAGGGCGGAGUGAAGUCGCCGGAGAGAGAGCCGCCGCCGCGACGGCUGCUGCCGCGCAGGCAGUGCAGUGUUUCGAACACAGACGACAACGCCAACUCCCAGGCCGCGCACGAAGAGAAGAGCCAGAGGGGGGACCAGCGUAAAACCAGCUCCUCAAAACCGAACGCCGGCUGCGACGCGCGGCCGGACUCACCGCCACCGGUCCGGGCCUGGAAGACGGCGGCUGCCAGGAAGCUGCUGCCUCUCUCCAUCACCAUGAAAAGGCUCAACGUGGAGAUCACAAAGUGCGACUGGCCUCUCCUGCAGAAAAAAGCUGCUCCGUCUCCGAAAAAAGAACAGGAGGAGGAGGAGGAAGAAGAGGAAGAGGAAGAAGAAGAAGAGGAAGAGGAAAAAGAGGUGAGAGUGGCAAGGGAGGUGAGGGAGGCCCGGCAGCCCGACCUGGGAUACUGCUCGCCCGAAGACAGCAGAGCUAAACCCGAGCCCAGUCCAGAGGAGGAGGAGGAGGACGGAGAUGGGGAUGAGGUGGAGGUGGAUGGGGAGGGGGAAGGGGAAGAAGAGGGGGAGGAGAGGAGAGGGUCCCCCGCCAGUCGGAGGAGUGAGGAGGGAGGAAUGCAGCAGACCUCCUCGCCUGGAUCACACCACAGCAGUCCACACGCUUCUCAGGAGAGGAAGCUGCAGCGGCGGUCAGUCAGGAGCAGGUCGGAGUCAGAGAGAGGCAACGAUCCCAUCCCGAAGAAGAAAACCAAAAAAGAACAGGCUGAGAUGGCUCCUGAGACCACGCUGAGGACUGGUUCACAGAAAGGAGCCAGUGAGAUCUCAGAUGCCUGCAAGCCGCUGAAGAAGCGAAGCAGAGCGUCAACAGACGUGGAGAUGGCUUCUUCUCAGUACAGAGACACCUCUGACUCCGACUCUAGAGGCCUCAACGACCCACAGGGUUUAUUCGGGAAGAGUCUCGAUAGUCCAGCGGCAGCCGACGCAGACGCUUCCGACACUCAGUCUGUGGACUCCGGCUUGUCCCGUCAGGACGGCAGCACCGGCAAGAGAGACACCGUCUGCCAGGUCUGCGAGUUGUACGGAGAGGGCCUGGCGGUGUGCGAAGGCGACUGCGGCAGGCAGUUUCACCUGGACUGUCUCGGUCUGACGUCCCUGCCCGAAGGCCGGUACACCUGCCUGGAAUGCAGAAAUGGCAAUCAUACUUGUUUUAGCUGUAAAACGGCGGGCCGGGAGGUGACGCGCUGCUCCGUGGCCGGGUGCGGUUGUUUCUACCACGAGGAUUGCGUCCGCAAGCUGCCGGGCACAACCGGCGGUUCGGACGGAGGCUUCUGCUGCCCCCAGCACAGCUGCUCUACCUGCUGCCUGGAGAGAGACCUGCAGCGGGCCAGUAAUGGUCGCCUGAUGCGCUGCAUCCGCUGUCCGGUGGCCUAUCACACGGGGGACAGCUGCGUGGCGGCGGGCAGCGUGGCGCUCACCCAUCACAUCAUGAUCUGCAGCAGCCACGGCGGCUCCAAGCGGAACGGCCUCCUCACCUCCCCCAUCAACGUGGGCUGGUGCUUCCUGUGUGCCAGAGGACUGUUAGUGCAAGACCUUACUGACACCAUAUUAAGUUCAUAUGCCUAUAAGUCCCACUACCUUCUGACUGAGUCAAAUCGUGCUGAGUUGAAAUUACCUAUGAUUCCCUCUCCUUCGUCAGCUACCAAAAAGAAUGUUGGGAAAGGAGGCAAGUUGCUGUGCUGCGACACAUGCCCGGCUUCCUUCCACCCGGAGUGUCUGGAGAUGGAGAUGCCGGCGGGGGCGUGGUCCUGCAGCGAUUGCAGGGCGGGGAAGAAACCGCACUACAAACAAAUUGUCUGGGUCAAACUGGGCAACUACAGGUGGUGGCCAGCGGAGAUCUGCAACCCUCGCCUGGUCCCGUCCAACAUUCAGAGCCUCCGCCACGACGUCGGCGACUUCCCCGUCUUCUUCUUUGGCUCCCACGACUACUACUGGAUCAACCAGGGCCGCGUCUUCCCUUACGUGGAGAACGACAAGAACUUUGUCACGGGUCAGAUCAACAUCAACAAAACGUUUAAGAAAGCUCUGGAAGAAGCGGCCCGGCGGUUUCAUGAGCUCAAGGCACAGAGGGAGAGCAGGGAGGCUCUAGAGCAGGAACGCAACUCUCGCAAACCUCCGCCCUACAAGUUAAUCAAGUCCAACAAACCUGUGGGGAAAGUGCAGGUGCACGUAGCUGACUUGUCGGAAAUCCCACGAUGCAACUGCAGACCAACAGACGAGCACCCUUGCAGCCUCCACACUCAGUGUCUCAACCGCAUGUUGCAGUACGAGUGUCACCCACAGGUGUGUCCUGCGGGAGACAGCUGUGAGAACCAGUGUUUCUCCAAGCGGCUGUAUGCCGAGACAGAGGUGAUAAAGACUGACGGCCGCGGCUGGGGCCUCAGGACCAACCAGGCUCUCCGGAAGGGCGACUUUGUGACCGAGUACGUGGGAGAGGUGAUCGACUCGGAGGAGUGCCAGCAGCGGAUCAAACGCGCCCACGAGAAUCACGUGGCCAACUUCUACAUGCUCACCCUCACCAAGGACCGCGUGAUCGACGCCGGCCCGAAAGGGAACUCAUCUCGCUUUAUGAACCACAGCUGCAGCCCAAACUGUGAAACCCAGAAGUGGACAGUAAACGGGGACGUCCGCAUCGGACUCUUCGCCCUCUGUGACAUCGAGGCCGACACGGAGCUGACGUUCAACUACAACCUGCACUGCGUGGGCAACCGGAGGUCGUCCUGCCAGUGCGGAUCAGACAACUGCUCUGGAUUCCUCGGGGUGCAGCCAACGAGCGCCGUGGUGAUGGAGAAGGAGGAGAAGGCCAGGAACGCCAAGCUGAAGCCAAAGAAGCGGAAGCUGCGGCCGGAGGGCAAGCACAUGCACGAGUACUUCUGCUUCUGCUGCGGAGAGGGAGGCGAGCUGGUGAUGUGCGACAGGAAGGAGUGUCCGAAGGCGUACCACCUGCUGUGUCUCAACCUCACCAAGCCGCCAUACGGGCGUUGGGAAUGUCCGUGGCACGACUGCAGCGUGUGCGGCGCCGCGGCCUCGUCCCUUUGUGACUUCUGCCCGCGCUCCUUCUGCCGGGAUCACGAGGCGGGAGCGCUCACCUCCUCCUCCCUCGAAGGCCGCCCUUGCUGCUCCAGCCACGACCCCGUCAGCCCGUUGGGCUCGAACUCUGGCCCGGCCCAGCCGCGCUGUUCCGCCCUGAGCCCCGCCACCGUCAAGGAGGAGCCGGAGGCGGAGCUGGUCCAGCCGGCUUCCGAAUGACAUCGCGGCUCUCCCCCCAAUACCUCAUUCCCUGUAGAGUACGAUCCCAUUUUGGCCUCCUGGGCUCCGAUCUCGCUCUGACGAAAGGGAAUACAGUGCUUUUUCUUUUUGACCAGUGCCACGGCCCGAGCACGAGACACGCCGACAAACACCUUGAUGCUGGUGGUCGCGAGAGCAGAGCGACUGGAGUGUCGGCAGGGGGAAGCGACCAGGCAUCAUUGUGCGCCGUUUCCCCUCCUCUCUUUGCCACAAACGCCACCACGAACACUCUCCACAGGCCAGACACCCACCUCAUUAUGUUUUGUUUUUUACCGCUGUGGAAAUAGUAAGUGUUGUCACGUCGUCAGAUACUGGAACUUUUGAGGGACCUAACGAGUGAGGUGGAGGGAGAGAAGAAGAAAAGGAGGAGGAGCUCAACAUCUCCAACGCCACGCUGCUCCUCUCCUGAUUACUGGCUUUACGCUGCGGUCGGCAUCCCACACAGGAUGGCUGUCUGGAAACGAGCCGGCCUUCCUCCUCCUUGAGAUGUGAUCGGGUGCAUCUCUUCUAAAAAAAAAUAAAAAAAAGGGGGGGGGGGUGGAAUUACCUAUUUUUGUGCAAUUCUUUUCAGGACCACACUACAUUCCAACCUUCCUUCCACAUGGUUUUUAAAUAUACUUAUGGGUAUAGAUGAAUAUAAUUAUAUACAGUAUCUAUGUUUGUUAAUGUUUACAGACCAAUUAUCUCACUUCAUCUCAGUGAGUGGUGUAUUUUGUUUGUUUGUUUGGGUGUUAAGCAUUGCGCAGACCUCCUAGUGAACAUAGUCCUAUUAAGGUGACAUAUAAUGGUAUAUAGCGUAAUGGUAAUGACAUUACAGAAGUACUCGUGAUCUUUCAUAUUGCCAGUCUCACUCGCCAUUGUGUACAUAAAUUAGCUCAUGAUAUUGUAAAUUACGUGAAGAUCGGGAGGGGCGGAGCCUCGCCUCUUUGGUCGUUCCUGGAAGAAGGAAACUCCUUUUUUUUCUUUUUUUUUAAAAAUCAAGUUCUGUUCCCACAUUUCCUCCAAUUGCAAUUGCUGUUCUUUGUAUUGUAGACGGAGGAGCUCAGCUUGUGAUCACUGGUGCUGUCUUAAAAGUAUUGUUGAUCAGCCUUAAGUGUGACUCUGGCUGUAGUGACUACUGCCCAGACGCAGUCCAUUUCAGUGAAGUCGUGUACUGUGACCGCUUCUUUUGUUCGUUCUUUUUUUUGCCAAACUUUUCCUGAAAAAGCACUUUUCCACGGCUUGUCGCGACACUUAGCUAGAUCACACAUAUACAGAAAUGUGUAUUAAACGAACACAAGACAAGUGUUUCAAAAAUGGAUACCUCUUCUUGUAGUAAUGUCGGAAUUAUAACUGUUGAAACAUUUUUUCUUUUGGCCUCUCGAGUUGCUGGGCAGUUUUUCUUAAAUUUUUCUUUAAACGAUUUUGGAGGAAGGUGGCCUCAACGGGGCUGCUUUCUUUUGGCACAAGUAGAAAUGACUGCCGGCCCGGCUUCGUAUACAGAAAAUGAGUCUGCAGUGUUCUCGAGACGCACUUCUUCAUGUCCCACCCGAAGGACAUCCUCAAGGCUGGGCUUUAUGUAGAGACGUCUUGGUAUAACAACAGUCCAGUAUGAUGUACAAAUACAAACUCCUGUACAGUGUUUUUAAUCGCUCAUCCGUCAAAGUCCACAUUUACUGUGUAUUUAUUGCACCACAGUUUUAUACCAAUUUCUUUCUUUUUUCAAAACACCAGUGCAGUAAUUUGUCUUCUCCUCUCCACCAUGGUGCAAGUGAAAUAGAAAUGAAAAAAGAAAAUGGAAGAGAAAAAAAAAACAACACGGGGAGUUUUACACACUAUAUCUGUAUUUAGUCAUUGCAUAUGUUUGUUUUAUUUUUUUAUUUUCACAUUCGGUGUAAUGAUUCCACACUGCUCAUUGACCUGUAUCGUGACUCACUGUAAUUGGUGUUUUAAAAGCAGUAUGAAGCAGUUCAAUAUAGGAAUGUAAAGUUUCAGUUUCACCGCAGUUUUUGUGCUUUUUGAUUUUUUAGCCUGGACUCAAGGAAGUUUAUCUGUAAACAUGACUCAGCCAUUUGCUUGUGAUUCUACCCCGGUUACAUACAUUGUUUGUUCGUGACCUUAAUUAUUAUUUGUAUUAUUAGCCUGUUGUCUCUUUCGGCCUUUAGAGGUGAGCUGCAGGGUAAAACUGUGCCAAUUUCCCCAAAUAACUUCAGAUCUUCGAGCGCAUUCAGUCAGUCUCCAGUUUAUUAGGAACACUGAGCUGAAACCUAAUGCAGUAAACAACAGUCCUGCCAAGAAGGGGAGCCAUUGAAUGCAGAAAGGUCUUCUGGGGUCACACUGCACAUGCAUCGUUCUGCACGUCGAAGGUGAAACACUGAAGUAGAGUCUCAAAAAGCAAAACAAUAGUUAGAGUGGAGGACUUUAAUAUUCUAAACAUACGCACAUAAAUGCAUAUAUACAUAACAGAGGCACUUAUUCAUCUUGUACUUAAAUAUCUGUAGUUCAGAGGAGUUCAUAUUUCAUUUGUGCACACUCUUCUGCAUUCAACAGCUGCUCUUCUGUUGUCAUUCUGUCACUGAUGACCCUUUUUUAGGAAGCUUUUUUUUAUACUCGUGGAUUCCUGAAAAAAGAAAAACAGACUACUUGAUGAUUUCUUGCUGCUGUCUGAUUUGCCAAACUCUUCACAUUCAGAGACACGUUUUUUUAGUUCAGUAGUAAAGUCGGUGUUCAGUAUCAGGAAAGUGCAUCUUUAAGUCACUUUUACUUAAAAACUCAAACCGGUCUGCGUGUGUAAACUUGAAUUCUCUUCAUUUAAAAAUAAAUAAAUAUUUAUUGUAUUUUUCUUUCUUUUUUAAACGUGUGUGAUUAUCAGACCACUGGCCUCCUUGACUCUCCAGAGAAAAUGUCUUGAGUUGUGAUUAUAUAACUGGUCUUAAAGCCUUUACUGUUUAAUUUUUUAUUUUCCUGUCAAGGCGCCUGUUCAGCUGAAAUGCAUGCUUCCAACAUCACACACUGGUUUAACCCAUUUCUGUUAGAGAAUCUCUUUAAAUGCUUUUUUAUUUGUUUUUAAUGCCAGAGUUUUGUCUUUUAUUUGUGGUCCUUUUUGUUUCCUCUUUUGUGUGGCAACAUUUGAUUUUUUGCACCCGCAGAUCGCAUGAUCAUUGUGCCAGUUAGUCCUCUCCUAUCCCUCUCCGCUGAUACAGCAGAAGUAUUACGUCUGCCUCUCUUAAGUGUCCCAGCGUGCGUCAUUUCCUUUACUUAAUGAUUUCUGAUGGCUAAGUUUUUUUUUGUGUUUGUUUCUUGUCAUGGUAGGGCCCACAUUUGUUAUUAAAGAGACUGCAUGUUUGCUCUCAUUUAAGUGACCCUUAAAUACGCCCUACGGGAUUUUGUGUCCAGGAUUAAUAUUCUUUUUUUAUAUAUAUUUAGGAUGGCCCCCCUCCCCCUGUAUGUCAACGGGUAUAUUUCACUGUGACGUCUUUUGUUUUUUCGUGCAAUGUCUCUUUUUAAUUGACAUGCUGUCCGAGCAGAAAUAGUGUUUGAGUAACUUAAUAAAUAAUUCACCUUCAUAAGCACUCAUCUUUUUUUACUUGUGGUAAAAUUACUUACAGUAACUCUAACUGGGGUCAUAUCUAUCUAUCUUGUUGUUGCUUCGAUUAAAACGUGGAUGAACACAAAAUACCAUGUUGAUUACUUGUUCAACCUGUGUUACUGCAUACUGCAUAUUGUCGAAGAACUUGUAAAUAGUUUGCAUUGAACUUGCAUAGAAUCAUCUUACUGUGGCGUGCUUUUUUUCUUUCUUUUUUUUGCCUGUACAAUUCUGCUUCUAAAUGUGUGUGACUGUUGAGACGACACUCUUUUUGUACAUGACUGUCUUUUUAUUUGAGAAUAUUGAUUCUGUCCUUUUUCAUUCUAAAGUUGAGUUUGAAGAGUUCAGACAUGCCUGAAGUUUGACUUUAAUAAAGCUGUACUCUGUCUCGGUGAAAGGC